AUGAAAGGAUUCCGAGGUGUUGAAAUCAAAACUGCUGGGCCAUUCUUGACUGCUGUGGACACAACCAAGUACCCAGACUAUUUAACUAUUGUCUCGGAGCCGAUGGAUUUCGCCAAAAUUGAGCGCAAGCUUAAAAGCGACCGGUACGGCAGUGUUGACGAGUUCAGUGCUGACGUGCAUUUGAUUUUUUCCAACUGUCACAAGUACAAUAGUGAU